AUGAACGCUGAGAAGUUGGCAAAACUCCAGGCAGCCGCCGCUGCGAACCGCAUUGGUGGCAAGGGGUCCGUCCGUCGCAAGGUCGUACCCAGAUCCGGUCCCAAGGCAGCUGGUGGAGAUGACAAGAAAUUGGCUGCUGCGCUCAAGAAGCUUAACGUCCAGCCUAUUGCCCCAAUUGAGGAGGUCAAUAUGUUCCAGGUAGACGGAAGCGUCUUGCACUUUACCGCUCCCAAAGUUCACGGCGCUCACUCCUCAAACACCUUUGCCGUUUACGGUGCCGGUCAUGUAAAGGAUCUCACCGAACUUGUUCCUGGUAUCCUCAACCAGCUCGGGCCCGACUCUUUGGCCAACCUCCGAAGACUCGCCGAGUCCUAUCAAUCCAUGCAGGCGAGGGCACAAGCCGCCCAAGGAGCUGGCGCUCCCGGAGCCGAUGACGACGACGAGGUGCCAGCCCUUAUUGGUACCGAGAGCUUCGAAGUCCCAGAGGGCGAUAAGCCUGCUGAUGCCGCAGAACCUGCCGCAACUGAACCUGCUGCCACUGAACCUGCUGCCACUGAACCUACUGCCACUGAACCUGCUGCUGAAGCAACCACCGAAGCGACUAAGGCCAACGAUGUCGAUUAA